AUGGAUCAGGCCCAGAUCCCCUCGGCAGAGACCAAACCCCACGGGGUCAGGCCCCACAUCUGCUGUGCGCCCCCUCCCCGCGCCCCCACCUCGCUGGGCAGUCCCACCCUGGUGGUCAGAGCCAAGCCCCGACGGGGCAGCCCCCGGCCGGGCCAGCCCGCGGGCAGCGAGCCCUGCGCGGCGGAGCGGGGCCAGGACGACCCCCGGGACACCGCCGACCCCUGCCCGUCCGAGCCAGCCCCCGACAGCGGCUGGCUCAGCGCCGACGAGUCCUCGGGCUACGAGAGCGAGAGCGCGGGCGCGGAGCGCGGCGGGGCCCGCGGGCGGCAGCGGCGGGCGCGCACCGCCUUCAGCGCCGAGCAGGUCUGCCGCCUGGAGAAAACCUUCCAGCGACUCCGCUACCUGGGCGCCGCCGAGCGCAGGAAGCUGGCGGCUGCCCUGCAGCUCUCGGAGAUCCAGAUUAAGACCUGGUUUCAGAACCGGAGGAUGAAACUGAAGAGACAGAUCCAGGACCACCAGCACAGCCUCGUGUCCCCUGUUCCGGUCCACAGCUACGCCCCGGGGACCUCCCCAGCUGUGUUUCACAGUGGUCUCCCCUACCCCUUCGCUGCCCAGCACCAGAGACUCCUGCCCUUUACCCCGAUGCCCGCUGUGCAGUUCAGCUUCUCCUUUCCCAGAUACGAUGCAUCGCAAAGCACCUACCACUUUAUGGCAAAUGAACUGCCCUAUUACCAUCAACACCUUCUUCCUCAUCCUUCUUUCCAUCCAGUUAUUCAGAACAAAAUGGACAGGCAAUGCCACCCUUUAUAUGCAUUAUAG